AUGGAACCUCGAAGUGGAUACUGUUCCAUCGACAGUGGAGGCUUGGAAACAUGUCAACCAGAUCAAGUAACCGCAGUGAGGGGACUGUUGAAGUCCACCGAAAGUGUGGGCCACCUCCGACGCAACGCCAUACUGCACAGCAAUUUGGAUACUGAGGAGGCAUUAAAUUACGGCCUCUACCUGCCACCACAGGGUAGCAAGAAGGGCAAAUUUUUGGAGGAUGAGCGUCCCAUCGCCGACUAUCCUGUGCUCUUGCAAAGCAACGGUCAUCGCAGUCGCAACACCGAUGACUCCUCCUCUGUCUCAUCCGCCACCGCCACCUUCAACAAUGGAUUGCACAACAGUCCCGACUCCGGAGUCGGUCAAGAUCCCUGUUGGCUGGAGGCGAGCUGA